GAGCAUCACUGCAGCGGAAGCUUUCUCCCUGCCUUUUCCCCCGUCUUUGCAACGACUUCUCUUUACGCCGAGAGCCGGUGCUGUCUCUUUCUCUCCCCCCCUCCUGAGUGAGUCAUGGAAGUGAUUUAGCGUAGGUGAGUGGAGCGGCAACAGAAAGCCACAGUCCUGCUGGUGUGUGUGUCUGCGUCGUGGGCAGUCCGGCGCGUGAUGUGACUGAAAGGAUUCGUGCCAGGCCAGAGAGAACAGGAAAAAAGAAAAACUUUCCCUCAAACAACAUCCGGUCUAUUCACGCCAACAGGUAGUCACAGCUGUGAUCAUGAGGCUGCUGUGGAAGUCCGUGGACAAGAUGAGGUGUUUUAGAAAACGCUCCACGCUCCCCGUCCUCACCUUCCUGCUCACCGCGCUGCUCUUUUUCAACCUUUACAUGAAUGAUGGCUACGUCCUGGAAGGCGAAAAGAGACAGCUGGGAGAGACGUUGAUUCAUCCUUCAAGCUCCGACAGAUAUGUGCACACGUUCAAAGAUUUGUCCAAUUUCUCUGGGAGUAUCAAUGUGACGUUUCGCUACCUUGCCGGAAUUCCUCUGUCAAGAAAAAAGUAUCUUACCAUCGGGUUGGCAUCUGUCAAGAGAAAAAAGGGAAGCUACCUCCUGGAGACGAUCAAAUCCAUCUUUGACCAGUCCAGCUACGAGGAGCUGAAAGAGAUUGUGGUUGUGGUCCACCUGGCGGACUUUGACCCGGUCUGGUGUGAGAACGUGGUGCAGGACAUCACCAGGAAGUUCGCUCACCACAUCAUAGCCGGCCGCCUCCUGGUCAUCCAGGCCCCGGAGGAGUUCUACCCUUCUCUGGACGGCUUGAAGAGGAACUACAACGACCCGGAGGACAGAGUCCGUUUCCGCUCCAAGCAGAACGUCGACUACGCUUUCCUCCUGAACUUCUGCACGAACCUGUCGCACUUCUACAUGAUGCUGGAGGACGAUGUGCGCUGCUCCCGGAACUUCCUGACGGCGCUGAAGAAGGUGAUAACCUCCAGAGAAGGCUCCUACUGGGUGAUGAUGGAGUUCUCCAAGCUGGGCUACAUCGGGAAGCUGUACCACUCCAGAGACCUGCCCCGCCUGGCUCACUUCCUCCUCAUGUUCUACCAGGAAAUGCCUUGCGACUGGCUCCUCAUCCACUUCCGGGGCCUGCUAGCUCAAAAGGACGUGAUCCGCUUCAAGCCCUCGCUGUUCCAGCACAUGGGCUACUACUCGUCCUACAAAGGCGUGGAGAACAAACUGAAGGACGACGACUUUGAGGAGGACUCCAUAGACAUCCCGGACAACCCCCCGGCCGGCAUUUACACCAACAUCAACGUCUUUGAGAACUAUGACGCCACCAAGGCGUACAGCAGUAUAGUUGAUGAGUAUUUCUGGGGGAAACCUCCCUGCACCGGAGACUUCUUCAUCAUAAUCUUCAACAAAUCAACAAAAAUUAGCAGAAUGAAAAUAGUGACAGGGACGGAGGAUCGGCAAAACGACAUCCUUCACCACGGAGCUCUGGAAGUAGGACAGAAGUCUGUGGAGACCAAACAGGGAAGACAGUGUACAUCCUACAUCACAUUAGGAGAGUUUAAAGUGGGCAACAUUGAGAUUAAUGACGUGGAUCACAAGAUUGGCUUUGACAUCGAGUGUGUCAGAAUAGUUGUCACAGCUAGUCAGAAAGAAUGGCUCAUCAUUAGAACUAUCAGCCUCUGGACCACAUCGCCUGUCGGUCAGUUAAAGUAAGGAUGUUGAGGUCUUUCUGUACUUUUUAGUGUGAUACGACAAGUUCACUUUGGACUUUUACUGUGCUGUAAAUUUAAACCAAUCCAUAUUUUCAUGGGUUGCUGAAAGAUUUGUAUAUUUUCAUUGUGAUGUAUCAACAACAGAACUGCUGUGUACAUAAGGGCAUUUGUAAUACAAUGUUCAUUUUUUGAGGAUCUAUUUAUAAA